GCGUUGAAGCGCUUUCAUUCGCUGGGGUGAUCGUAAUGAAAAAUGAAUGAAGCGCAGCGAAGAGUGCUUUUGUGAAGUGCGGCGGCAUUGAAUUUAAAGCGUAUACAUAUUUGCACUAAACAUUGAGUUAAUGGAUUUUUCUGCAUCGUCACUUCUGUCGCCGCUGCCGCCGCCACCGAGAAUAUAACUGAAAAUUUCCUGUCUGCACGAACACGAUACAUUUACAAGCAAACUUUUUCGAGACCGAGUGCACGAUGUAAUUUAUAACAUUUGUAAAACGUUCCAGUCCCACAAGUUCAUAAAAAAAUUGCGAAAUAUGUUUGUUAGCAGAUUGUGGAAGUUAUGCUGAGAGUAAUUUAAUGAAAUGGCAAGGAUGACGGAGUUUUAAUGGCGUACUACAUUUCGGAAUGCAGCAUUUAAACUAAUUCGAAUACUAAGAAGAUGUGGCAGAUUAUAUCGUGUUAUUUUUUUAAACUGUCGUUUUUGUCAAAAAUUAUUAUAGUGGGCGGCUUGAUUUCGAUGGCGUCAACGCCGACCAGCGGCCUGAAAUGGGUGCGUGUGAAUUUGCCGCAGUACCGGAGGCCUGGCGAAUUGGCUCAGCUACAAUGCGAUUACGAUCUUGGUAACGACACGCUCUACGCCGUCAAGUGGUACAAAGAAAAUGAGGAAUUUUACAGAUUUGUCCUCAAGGAGCGCCCGCAGGCCAACAGUUAUAAAGUCGAGGGAGUACAUGUUGAUAUUAGUUUAUCCGACAGCAAGAAAGUGGUCUUGAGAUCUGUCGGCCUUCAAACAGGUGGAUUAUAUCGCUGCGAAGUUUCGGCGGAGGCGCCGUUCUUCGCUUCGGCACAGAGCGAAGCCCGCUUGGCUGUCGUGUCGUUUCCGCGCAACGACCCGAAGAUAACGGGCGUCGAGUCGCAAUAUCAGAUCGGCGACGAGAUCAACCUGAAUUGCACUUCCGGAAAAAGUUAUCCGGCGUCGCUGCUGCAUUGGUACAUAAACGAUCAACCGAUAUCAAACUCGAACACGUUGAUCAAGUAUCCGGCUAUAGAGCACCGCCACGGGUUGGUGACGACCGUUUUGGGAAUGCGCUUCAAUCUCAGCAGUCGGCACUUUCUGGAUGGCCCCAUGCGAAUCAAGUGCAUCGCGUCGGUGUCGCCUUUACUUUGGCGGGAUGAUCGUAGCUCGGUGGUGCAGAAUCUACCCGUGCAUGGAAUGCGAGAGGCCCUGCUGCUGGUGAGGAGCAACGGAAACCACGUUAAUUGCAACUUAUUGAUUAUUCUGAUAGUGCUUCCUUCAAUUACAUAUUUGCAAUAACUGAAAAUCAAAAACCGCACAGCAUUACCUACCAUUUCUGUGUCGUACACAUUCUUUAAAUAUUUAUGGUAAAAUAUGCAAAUAAAAUAUGCAUCAAAGAAUAACUGAAGAAGAGACUGUCAAAUAAAGUAAGAGUGAUAACCAGAAAAUGUAUAGUAUACCUACAAAUAGCAGUAAAUUAAGUACUAUUAAUAAAAUUCGUUGUCUUUGCUUACAACUAUGUAAUAAACUGCUUUUCAAGGAAGUAUGGAAAUGUAAAUAGAACGUACUGUAAAUACAGACCAGUUUACUAUAAUCAAA